GUCUGAUCCAGGACUCUUCUCCACCUUCCUUCAAAAAAGGACUCUUCUUCAAUCCGUUCUCCGGUCUCGAGGAAUCCUCUUCGGCGAUGGCAACUCCUUCGCCCUCCUCCUAUAAGAACCUCCUCCUCGCGCGAGCCACCUGAUUUGCUGAGAUCGUGGUAACACGCAAGUGCGGCGCGGAGCUCGCUCAAGGUCGAUGCGCCCCGUGGUGGUGGCGUUCGAGGCGGGUCGGCCCGAGCUGGGUCUAUCCAACCGCCGUCGCCAGCCAUGUGUUCUUGAUCCCGUGGACGACCUCACCGACAACAAGCAGGAUAGCUACGAUGAAUUGUGGACGGGCCCAGCAGCGUCCUAUGUGCGGGCGCCGGCGACGUUCUUCGCCUUGUGGACGUGUUCCACGUCGAUCCCGGCGAGGACGUCUACAUCUCCGUCCCCAGGGCUUCUAUCAACACCACGAGGUCACCGACAUCACCGCUGGAUGCGCCACAUCUUGCCCUCCCCUACUGCUAGCCAAUGGGCUGCUGCUCUCCUAGACGAGCUAUGUUGGCCGCCCACAGGGUGUUUGACGGAAUUCCCAUCAAGGAUGGCAUCACUUGGGCGACCAUAGACUUCGAUGGAGGUUUCCACGACGAAGCAGUAAGUCUUUUGACCUGCAUGUGUCACGAAUGACAGGGACUCAUUGGUGCUAUGCUCGUCCAUGCCAUUGUGGCUGUGUUUGGCUGAGCAAACCAAGGAACUUCAGUGAGCUGUUGCACGCGCAUAAAGAGAGCCUGCAAUGAUGUAGGUAGUUCGGCCUGCUACGCCGGACGCGAGGUUGCCAUCAAGAUGUCAGCAAGCCAUUUAAAGCUGGAAAGGAGUGAUAUGAUUCAUGCCUCUUCACACUGUAUACAAUCUGAUGAAGAGGGAAUCAAGGUUCUCUUCUUCUGUCCUGUGAAUAUUUUGUUUUCUAUUUGUAGAAAAACAAAGCAGCAAGCCUCCUCGCAGCUUCCAUUAAAAACCCAUGUGCCAGAAAGUUCUUAGCAUGAAACCAAGUACUACCACAUUUCUGAACUGUGUAUUUUAGUGAAAUCUCUUGGAGUUUAUGGAUCUGGUGGAACAAAUAUUGUUUAGACAUGAUUGUUUUUCUCCAUAGUUACUUUCUAAAUCAUUAUUAUUAUUCUCCUAAUAGUAUACUCUCCAUUUCAUAAAAGUGCAAUUUGAUUUGAGAAUCCGGGGAUGGACGAGACAGGUUUGUACCAAACAAUUUCCUCGGAAAUUUCUUACAAUCCCCUACAAAAUAGACAGUAUGACUAUUAGGAGAACUGUUUGCAAGGGGAUGGACGAGACAGGUUUGUACCAAACAACUUCCUUGGAAAUUUCUUACAAUCCCCUACAAAAUGGACAGUAUGACUAUUAGGAGAACUGUUUGCAAGGGGAUGGACGAGACAUGUUUGUACCAAGCAAUUUCCUUGGGAGUUCUUACAAUCCCCUACAGAACCAUCCUUUUCUUUGUAGGGAAGCAAAUAUUUUGGGUUGUAUCAUACUAACGUGAGACGGAAUGGAUCAGUAUGAGGUGUUGGAUCAGACUUGGAAGGGCUCUUUGGCUCUACACUCCAGGUAUGUCUCCAAGGUUGCAAGGGAUAUGACAUUGCCUUUGUUGUGCUCGGGAAUAAGUGGUCAUGAAAAAUACAGCUCCGCAACUCUGCAACCAAAAAAGCUCUCUGAACUUGCCGCUGAUUCAUCUAACUGCUCCUGCUGCUCUUGGCUGCCUUCGGAUGAAGGUACUGCUUCGGUGCUAGAUUGGAUGGAUAAGCAAGAAAGCAAACCGAAUGGGAAAAGAUUGGGAGCAUAUGCAUUGGUUUGGAAACUAAAAAAAGGAGAAGAUAAGAGUAUGUGGUGGACAAAGGUCACCCGUUUAUCAACAACUAGGUGCCGGCUUCGUUUUUUAAAGCAAGACUUCCAAAAUAUUAUUUUGUGAAUGUAUAAAUUUGUAUCUAAUAAAAUUGAGCAGGUUGACUUUUACACUGAUUGUGUAAUAUUGACAUAUUCUUAUCAGUUUUUUUCAAGCUUUUCUAUUGUUACUA